AUGAAAUCCUCCUCAAUUUUCCUUUCAUUGAGUCUUCUCUUUGCUGCCGUUGUUUUGUCUUCAGCCGCUCCAUUUUCUUCACCCACUGGUGUUUCUUCACCUAACGGUGAUGGUGAUGGUGAAUGGUUUUUCGGUUCAGCAGUAUCAUCAAACCAAAAUUCUAAAAGAGAUGAUAAUAGUGGUUGGAUUUUGGGUGUAGCGCAAAGUUCAUCGCAAAAUCCAUCGCAAAAUCUUACUCAGCGUGACGGAAGUCAGUUACCACCUGUGAAUACUCCAAAUACCCCUACCCUAAAUACCAAAGAAAACCCUGUCCCAGCUACCCAAGAUACAAAAGAUAACCCUUCUGCCCAAAGUGCCCCAGCUAUCCCCAAAAAUAAAUCUCCUGUCCAAAAUGCCCCAGCUACCCAAAAUCCCCCAACUACUCCAAAUGCCAAAAAUACCCCAGAAACUCAAAGCAAUCCAAAUGCCCCAUCUACCCCAGACGUCCAUACAACUUUCUACAAGGAUAAUCAGCUCCUGAAUGCUGCUUGCUAUGGGCGUAACGGCCUUAAGCCAUACAAUGCUAAACCAACCGACUACAUUGCUGCAAUACAUAUGAGCGAUUUCGAAAUGUGUUUCAAAUGUAUCCAGGUUAAAAAUUGCGAAACAAACAAAACAACUACUGUCAAAGUUAUCGAUAAAUGUGCAGGUUGUGCUCCGGGUUGCAUUGAUUUAACCCAGACAGCUUUCAAAUGCCUUGCUCCUCUUGAUCAAGGAGUCAUCAAUAUCGCUUGGCGUCCUAUUACAUGCCCUGCAGAUGGAGAUUGGCCAGAUUAUGAACAUGAUCAAUCCUCUUCAUCCUCUUCAUCCUCUAACUAA